CAUUAUUGAUUAGUUUUGAAUUUUACUAUAAAAAAAAAGAAAAUCGAAAAAACAGUUUUUUUUUGAAAAUCUCGAGAACCGUUUGAGUAAAAGAGCURAAAUUYRRGGUGAAUUAUUUUUAUUCGACACCAAAUCGAUCCCCCAAGUGCGAGUCAAAAAAGCCACGGGGGCAGAUUUCCCAUACUUAUCCGGUUAUACCCUUUAUUUGCAUAACGGAACUUUGUUUUUUUUAAACAACGGAAUAUCGUUUCCCUCCAAUUUCCGAGUGAAGUUUCCUUGCACCAAGAUCGAUGGCGUAUUCAAACAGGAAAUAAAAUAAAUGAAGAACCAAAUAUUAAUCUUAUCGUCUAAGAUAGAGUUUUUAAACAAGAAAUAAAAUAAAGAAAGAACUACAUAUGAAUCUUAUCGCCUACAAUAUUGACACUUUGAUUGUGUUCUUUUUAUCGUCAAUUUUUGUGUGGUAAGUAUAAUUUGGGUGCGACAAGUAAACUUUUCGGACUCAAAUUGACAUUUAUUUUACUCAAAACACGUGUUGUUAUUGUAAAGUAGGUAAACAGUGACCGAACUUCCGACCCCAAUAGCGAUCGAAAAGAUAGUACUUUCCCCGCAUGAGUACCUAAUAAAAAAUAUAUUUCAUUUUUCUUUUAAAUAACAUAUCAAAAAUACGGUAUUCCUGUAUUUUCUAGUAUUUUUGAGUUUGCUCCAAAAAUUUUACUAACUAGAAAUGAGUAGAGCCAGAGAGGCCUUGGAAAUUGUCUCAGGUAGUUGACCUUGAGCUAAGGGUAGCGCACAAUCGUACGUACCCAACGAAAUGAUUUUCUCUUCUCCUGGGUGAAUGCCGUGCAAUAGGCAUGUGACCUCAUUUCUUUCUAUAUACUUUUUCAAGAUUAUGUUAUGAAUCGUGUAUUAGUUAUGCAAUCUAUUCUAUUCAGUAUCAUACAUUAAAAAUUAUGAUUGAAAAUGAUCUAUUUACAGAUAGUAGCAAUACAAGACCGGGAAUGGAUUCGACACAAGUUGUAUCCGCAUCUGUUCAGUUUGAAGAGGACGAAGCGAGUGGUGGGCAGGAGACAAGUGUUCAUAAGGAAGUAACUGAUGACGAGGAAUCGAGUGGCGAUAAAGAAGCAAGUAGCGAUGAGGGCAUAAAUAAUGAGAAACUUGGUGAUACAAUUUGCAUUUUUUGCGAUAAAAACCGUAAAAUUCGUAAAUAUCGUGUCGUAAAAAAACAUGCGUGUGUUAUUGAAAAACUGCGAAAUGAUAUUUUUACGAUUGUAAAUGCUUGUAUGGACAAUGAAAUGGAGAGAAAAUUGGAAGCUACACCUGUAAAUAGUACAGUUUAUUAUCAUAAUCGUUGCAAAAAAUUAUAUCUUUCUAAAGCUAUCCAACCAACAACUCCUAAAAGCAGUAUGGAGAAAAGAAAACAAUUUCAUAGAUUAGCGUACGCGGAUAUUUGUGACUUGGUUGAGAAAAGAAUUAUAAAAAACAAAGAAUGCUGCUUAUUACAGCUUAUCACAGAUUUUUACAAUGAAAUUCUUGAGAAAUUUUAUGUUCAAGAAUUUAAAUGUUACAAUGUGAAAUAUACCAGUCAACAUCUUUUAGAAAAGCUAACAGCAACUUUUGGCAAAAAAAUUCAAGUCAUUAUCAUGAAAAAAAAAAGGUUAAUUGCUCCUACCGAUGGCUGCGUUAUUACUGACGAAACUUUUUCAAAUUUAUAUGAUACUGAAAUAAUAUCUCGCGCUGCAUUGACGUUAAGAAAGAAAAUUUUGUUAUUAAAAAAAAGAACACUUUCAUGUGAUUUAAAAGUCACCGAUAUUAUCGAAGGGGAAUGUGAAAUCCCAAAAGAUCUGACGGAUUUCAUGCGUCAUCUCUUAUGUGGCAUUGACUCAAGAUCAAGAAAAAGCUAUGCCAAUUUGCGUAAAGUAGAUUCUUUUUCCCAAGAUUUAAUUUACGCGAUACACCACGGAAAAAUCAAAACAUCUAAACAUAUGACUUUAGGAAUUACACUUAAAAGUAUAACAAGUAGUCGUAAAGUCCUUGAUCUUCUAAAUAAGUACGGUCAUUGCUGUAGUUACAAAAUCAUUAAAAAACUUGAGACAGAAGUUACUGCUACUACAUGUAGUGUAUCCAAUAUUUCUCCCGAAAAUGCGAUACUAGCUCCAAAACGUUGUACAGGAGUUGCAUAUGAUAAUUAUGACCGUUUUGUUGAGACGUCGAGCGGUCAAGACACGUUGCACGAUACAGUCGGUAUUUUUUAUCCAAAUAUUGAAGAUACUGACAUCAUUAACCUGGAUCAAAGACGCGAUAGUACAAACAAUUCGGAACAACCUGCUGCCAAAAGAAGAAGAAGUUUAGAUCCGAUUUAUGACUUUGUUUGGUUCAAAGGUCAACAAUUACCAUCUUCAAUAGAGGAUAUUAUUAUGGAAAACGAUAAUUCAAAAGCUGAAGAAGACGAAGAGGACAAAUAUGAUAGCGAUGAAGAUCCAGAAUAUGAUGAUGAUGAGAUGGAUGAGAAUAAUCAGGACGAUGAGGAUGACGAGGAGGAAGAGGAUGAUAAAGAUAUCGAAACCGAUUGAUUAUUAUUAAUGAUUUAUUAAGCACGA